AUGGCGAUCUAUGGUACUGACGAAGAGGCAUCUGCAGCAAGUCCUGCCUGUACAGAGUUGGAGACAGUGAUGCUGGACUGGCUGGGAAAGAUGCUGAAGCUACCAGAAGAUUUUCUUGCUGGUACAGAGGGCAGAGGGGGAGGGGUCAUCCAGGGCACUGCCAGUGAAGCCACUCUCAUAGCUCUUCUUGCUGCUCGUUCCAAAAUCGUCAAACUGAUCCAGGCUGACCAUCCUGACCGAUCUGAGACAGACAUUAUAUCCAAACUAGUCGCCUACUCGUCUGAUCAGGCGCACUCAUCGGUGGAGAGGGCAGGUUUGAUAGGUGGAGUGAGGAUGAAGAAAAUUCCCACCGACAAUAAGUUUUCUGUGCGAGGAGAUGCGCUGCAGAAAGUUCUAGAAGAGGACAGAGCCGCAGGACUCAUACCAUUUUUUUUUUGUGCAACAUUGGGAACAACUCCAUCCUGUGCAUUCGACUGUGUCACUGAGCUCGGCCCUAUAUGUAAUGCAGAGAAAAUCUGGAUGCACAUUGAUGCUGCGUAUGCUGGGAGUGCAUUUAUCUGUCCAGAGUUUAGACCCCUGCUGAAUGGCAUAGAGUUUGCAGACUCUUUCAAUUUCAAUCCUCAUAAAUGGCUCCUGGUCAACUUUGACUGCUCAGCAAUGUGGGUGAAGAAAAGAUCAGACAUCAUUGGAGCAUUUAAAAUGGAGCCGCUUUAUCUGAAGCAUGAUCACCAAGAGUCAGGUAACCACUCAGCACUUUGCGCUGCAUUUGCUUCAUAUUUUAAUUGCUCACACAAUCUUACACAUUUCAGUUAUUCAUAUGUCAUAUCUCAUCUCAUCUCCCUUCAGCACUGGCAGAUCCCAUUGGGUCGUAGGUUCCGCUCUCUCAAGAUAUGGUUUGUGUUCCGCAUGUACGGACUCAAAGGUCUCCAAGCCUACAUCCGCAAGCAUGUAGGGCUGGCCAAAGAUUUUGAAUCUUUGGUGAGAGCUGAUCAACGCUUCGAGAUCUCAGCAGAUGUUGUGUUGGGCCUCGUCUGCUUUAAACUCAAGGGCUCCAAUGAAUUAAAUGAAACUCUAUUGAAGAGGAUCAACAAUGCACGUAAGAUCCAUCUGGUACCGUGCCAGCUGGCAGGCAAGUUUGUUCUGCGGUUUGCCGUGUGUGCCCGUACUACUGAGUCACGGCAUGUUCAGGAGGCCUGGUGCCACAUCAGCCACCUGGCAUCAGAGCUGCUGCAAGAACUGCCCCACUUGACCACUGUGGUGGGCAUCACAUGUUAAGUCAAAUGGGUGAUCUGUACCACGUCUGCUAUCCACACUGUCCUAGUUUCACUCUACUGCUGCGAUUCUUUCUACUAUUUAUUGUCACAAUGCGUGUGUGUGUGUGAGUGUAUGCAUGUUGUCACAAAGGUGUCCACUUAGAGUGCAGAGUGUCUGUGUCUUUGUGAGCUUGAUCAUACAUGUCCUCUGCUGUGAGCAGUGGGUUUUUUUUUUUAAAUGUACUGUUGUACACUUGUGCACUUGAAAAUGUGUCUAUAUUGAAAAUGAAAUAUGUUUUAUGAGAUGUUCAGAGAAUGUUUUCUCUGAAUAAUAGUACAAAGAAAGCAGAAUGCUUUACCAGAGCAUUGUCCUUUACGUUUUUCACUAUAGCUUUGCUCACUAGUGCUGCAUUUUCAAAAAGCAAAAUCAAAUAUUCAGCCUAAUCAUAGCCUAAUUCCUCUUUUCUGUCUUUUUCUAAAAGCAUUGUUCUUGACUCAGCACAGCUGCUGUGAUGAGAUACCACACCAACAUUCUUUGACAGUUGUUGUGCCUGACUAGUUAAAAAGAUUAGACUCUGCUACAUAUUAAACAGUAGUGUGUAUGUAUUAACAUUGACAAUAAAGUGCAUUUCUCCCAAAGUGCUGCAUGUGAAUUUUAUAU